ACAGUUGUCUGUGACGUGACGUCUAACAGCACAUUUUUCGCAUGAAAUUUUCUUAAAAUAAAACAAAACAAUUUGAACAAGAAAAAAGAAAACAUUCAUCCAGAAAAAUCGCACAGUUUGCUGGGCUGUUUAAUUUUAAGACUGAAUUAAGGCCAAUGGACAAUAAAUGCAGAGUGUGCAUGGGCACGUCAAGACGAUUCACUAACAUUUUUGAUGAGACACAAAAAUGGGACACUUGUCUUGCUGAUAUGAUAACCCAGUGUACCGGAUACACAAUUAAACGAGGCGAUUCACUAUCAGAAAACAUAUGUUCGCCUUGCCUUCAGGAUGCAGUGAGUUCAUUUAAUCUUAAAAAAAUCUGUAAGCAGAACCAUCAACUCUAUUUCGAAAUGAUGGAGGAGCAAAAAGAAGAAGAGGAUCUAAAAGUCGAGGACUUAAAGCAGCCACAUAACGACAGUGAGAAUUCAAAACAAAUUGAAACCGAUGCAAAAAUAGAGCGUGAUCCUGAGAAAUCGGAUGAUCCAGAACGGCCCCACCAAUGUCCAGACUGCCCGAAAACCUAUAAACGAAGAGUCGAUCUCGUAGUACACUACCGUCUCCACACUGGCGAACGACCCUACAUAUGUGCUGUAUGUUUGAAAGAUUUCUCACAAAAAUCCAAUUUUGUCAAACACAUGCGUACGCACACGGAUGUAAAACGUGAUCGACCCUUCCUGUGUUCGUUCUGCGGAAAAUGUUUUUCGUACAACUACCAGCUGGAAAUACACACUCGUAAUCACACUGGAGAGCGACCGUUUAAGUGUACUCAGUGUCCUAAGACCUACAUGGAACUCCAUGCUCUCAAUGCUCAUACUCGCAAACACACGAAGGAACUAGAACAAUCACAAUGUCCUCACUGCUCCGAAGUUUUUCCCUUACCAGCCAACCUAAAGAUUCACAUUCAAAGAUAUCACGCGGAUAAAUUACCGUUCUCAUGCAACGACUGCUCAAAAGCCUUCGUACACAAAUCAGAAUUAGAACAUCACUUACUUACGCACACAAAGGAACGACCCUUCAAGUGCUCCGAAUGCUCGAAAACCUUUCACCAAAAAUCCCGUUUCAACGAACACAUACGUGUUCACACUGGGGAGCGACCAUAUAAAUGUACUCAGUGUGCGAUGACUUUCUCACGAGCUGGAGGUCUUCGCGAACACAUCCGAUCGCAUACAGGUGACGUACACCGCUUCCAAUGCUCUUUCUGCGAGAUGGCUUUUAAACAAAAACAUCAUUUGGAAUCACAUACACGCACUCACACGGGAGAGCGGCCGUAUAAGUGUUUGAUGUGUGAUAAGUCCUUUUGCGUAGCUGGAGCACUGGCGGUUCACAUGCGUACACAUACCGGCGAACGAGCCUACAAAUGCACGGAGUGCUCAAAAUCGUUUAUACAACUUGACACUCUGAAAACACACAUACGAAGUCACUCUGGAGAUCGACCUUUCCAAUGCUCGCGCUGCCCAAAAUCCUUUAAGCACAGAUCUGGCCUCCAUGUGCACACCCGGACGCACACUGGACAAACUCUGUACCAAUGUGCUUACUGCGAAAAGUCCUUUACUCAAAACCACCAUUUGAUAAUACAUACCCGUAUUCACACAGGUGAUCGGCCCUACUCUUGCUCUCAAUGUUCGAAGUCAUUCAAGCAAAAGCACCACCUCACUCAGCAUAUCCUCACCCACACUAGUGGAAAAGUCUAGACGUGUUCUUUCUGGCCGAAGACCUUUAAAAAAACUU